AUGGUUACUUUGGGUGGAGUAACCGAGCCGGCAUACACAUGGGCCCACUAUGCAGCCGCGCCAGACGCCCGUGACCGGGAGGGAAGGGUGUUUCCCAAUAGAGCCGAGUGGGUGAAGGCCGAGCUGUGGGAUUUUUUUAGAUGCGAGCCGGGCUUGGAGGCUAGGGCAGCUGCUGUCAUCGACAAAGCUGCCAAGAAACUUGUUAAGGAUAUGCACUAUGAGGCGCGCGUCCAGGCCGUGAUCAAAUUUCACGCGGAACACCUUGGAGCGAAGGUGACAAAAAAAGACGCUAGGACCAUAUCUCUGACCCGGGAGCAGUACCUGAAGGUGCCUCCGGGGUGGUGCGCCGGAGACCUUCCGUGCUGGUUUGUGAUCGUGGACAAGUGGUGCGCUCCCGAGUGGGAGGAGAGUCACAAUGCUUGCCGGGAAAGGCGAUUGUUGAUGCCUGGCGCGCCACACCAUCAAGGCAACCUCAGCCUGACUGGUUUCGCGGCUAGAUGGUCGGCAAAAAAUGAUGGUCAGCCUCUCUCCCAGUUCAAGGCUUAUGCUUUGGCCCAUAAGUCAAAGGCGAUGCACGGGGUUGCUUAUGACCCGAAUGACCCGGCCUCAGCGUACACCAACGAGAACGUCAAGGCUCGCCUGGAUGGAUACACAUCGAUGGCAAAGGAGGUCCACGGCCCAGACUUUGAUCCGAGUUAA